AUGGGGGUACUGUCACAUACUUUUAAGCCCAAUUUUUUGGGUUUACUUAAAUUUAUAAACAACAUGAACUGGUUUAUUGUGUUUUUUAGUUUAAUUAAUCUUUCAAUGUGCAUUUACGAGGAUCAAAUUGGAAAAUUCGACUGGCGACAAACUUACGUAGGGCGAAUAAAGUUUGCUCAGUUCGACACCGUUUCAACGGCGAAAAGAAUUAUUGUGGCCACCGAAGAGAACGUAUUAGCUGCACUUAACUUGAAGACAGGUCAAGUUGUAUGGCGCCAUGUAUUUGAAAGUGCAUCAUCGGGAAAUAUACAACUCCUCCAUGUUGGUGAAAAAAUCACUACUGUCACUGGAUCCAACCCUUACUUGGUACGAGGGUGGGACUCUGCCUCAGGAGUCCUUAUGUGGGAGUGGACCCUUGCCCUCCAAAAUGAUCAGCAAGCUGUCUACUCGGAGUGGUGGGUGCAAAAUAACAAGCUAGUACACUUGCUGCCUGUAAUCGGAUCACAUUUAGAAGUUACAAUGUACAACCUACUCACUGGUAGUAAUCGUGGUGCUACGUCUAAGCUACCUGCUGUUUGGAAUAAUGAUGGAUGUGUCCUAACAGCUCCAUAUUACACUUGCGUAUCAGGAAACAUGGGGAGCCAAAUUCUGCUGUCAUUAGACGUCACAUCCAACGUAAUACAAAUCAUAAGCAAACCUUUAUCCAACUUUAUCAACCUUAAAGAGUCUAUAGGUGGAAAUUUGAGGCCUUUGGACAAUAGUGUAGUACCAGGAUUCAUAGUGGACGAUAAAAAGGUUUUGUUGAUAAAGGAGAACAGCUUUGAAGCGGUCGGAAAGGAGUUGGUCGAUGAGAUGGCAAGUGCUACUGUUAUUGAUGGCGGGAAUGAACAAGUGCUGUUGCAGACUUGGCAAGACGAUGAAAAGGGUUUCCAACUUACAGCAUACAGUAUAUCCACGAAUAGUGAGGUGACAGAGAUCCAAUGCUCGGAUCCCACGACGAGCAUUCCGGAAGCUGAAUUCCUAGCAGUGAUGUGUUCGCGCAAGGCAAAGGAACAGUACGCUUGCAGGCUUCUAGUAAAUGCCGCAGAUGAUGCUUUACACCUGAUGCAGCAAGGAGGUCGUUCGCUAUGGACACGCGAGGAAGCCCUCGCGAACGUGGUGACAGCCGAGUUCGUUGACCUCCCCGUCUCCGAUACCGAAGCGGCCAUCGAGUCUGAGUUUGACCAGAAAGAAGCUGCCAAGGUGUAUAGUUCAGUAUGGUCUGCGUUCUCGCGGCGUCUCCACACACAGUACACUCAACUGCAAAACCUGAUCAGGAAUCUGCAAGGGCAAAGCGCUCCAGAAGAUUCCACCAACGCACUGGUCCGGGACUACUUUAACCUGCAUAAGAUCAUGGUGCUUAUCACUGAAGCUGGAAAGAUAUUCGGUAUGGACAAUCUGUCUGGUGAAAUCAUCUGGCGGAGAUACGAGCCCGGCCUCGAUACUGAGGCAGUUGUGGUGUAUACGAGAAGGUCGGCCAGGCAUCCGCCUUAUGACGCUUACGUUACUAUUGUGGGCAAAAAUGAGGAAACGGGAAAUGGCUACGUCAUAAGCCUCAACCCAAUAACUGGGAACUUAGUGGGGGAGCAGACGUUGAAACUGGACGUUCGUAUCCUCCAAUGUACGUUGCUGCAUGAACCUGACUCGGAGAAACUUCACGCCCUUGUGUUGUUAGAUGAAGAUGAGACCGUGCAAGUAUUCCCGAUUUCUGCGGCGCCACUUGUUGAAAACCUAUACAUGUAUGUGGCGGAAAAGGAGACGGGGAAAGUUCAAGGUUACGCGCUCAAAUAUAACGGAGUGUCAGUGGAAGCCCAACGCACCUGGUCAGUCCAGCUAGGCGGGCCCGGCCCGGCGCAGAUAGUAGCAGUCGCGACGCGGUCCCGCCUGGAGCGGGUUCGGUCCCCGGGCAGGGCACUCGCCGACCGGAGCGUACUGUACAAAUACUCCAACCCUAACCUCGUACUGUUUGUUGUUGAGAAACCGGAUCCUACUCACAAAGAGGUGGUAACGGCAGUGGUAUUGGACGCGGUGACUGGUGCACUGCUCGGGGCAUCCUCGCAUAGGAGAGCUCGCGCUUUGCCGUUGGCGGUACAUGCGGACAACUGCUUCGCGUACCUUUACCGAAGCGAGAAGCAUCGGCGACUGGAAAUAGCCACCAUGGAGCUGUACGAAGGCCAGGAGCGUUGGCUGGAGCCGGGCGUGGCGUUCAGCUCGUUCGCGUCGGACCGCGCGCCCGCCGUGGAGCGCCAGGCCUACAUCCUGCCCGCCACCGCCGCCGCCGCCGCCUUCACCAUCACCGAGCGCUCGCUGGCCGACCGACACGUGCUGCUGGGUCUAACAACGGGGGCAGUAAUAGAGAUACCCUGGGCGUACCUAGAGGCGCGGCGCGGCCUCACUGGCGGCGACGAGGCCCUUCUCCCAUACACCCCCGAGCUGCCGCUGCCGUCGGAGGCCUCGCUCAACUAUAACCGGACGGUGGAACGCGUGCGGGGCGUGCUAACCGCGCCGGCAGGCCUCGAGUCCACCAGUCUUGUGCUAGUUACAGGCUUAGAUUUAUUCUACACACGUGUCGCGCCCUCAAAAACGUUCGAUCUCCUCAAGGACGACUUUGACUACUACCUCAUUACGAUAGUUCUGGGUGCUCUUAUAGUGGCCACCUACAGCACAAAGUACUUCGCGUCGAGGAAAAUGCUCAAACUGGCGUGGAAGUGAUGCCUAAGUUGCUAGUGAUGACGCAGUGACGUACCAGUUUGAACUGUGUUGCCAAGUGAUAAAGUUGAUAAUUGCGUGUGAUGUGAUGUGAUGUGUUUGUGAUUGACGCUAUUGUGAGUCGUCGGUGAGUUACCUCCACAAAUAUUCGUGCUUUCACAUAAGUAUUGUUUAAAAUUUAUAACCCGCACCAUUAAGAAUAGAUUUAUAAAGGAAAUCAAUGUUGUGCUUUCUCUUUUUUCAAAAUGUACCGGUGUGCGAAUGAGAUUACACAAGUACUUUAAAAUUGAGUAAAAAAAAGUUUUUUAAUUAUUACUUGAGGCAGUAUGUGGAAUAAACAUGGUAUAUGUAAAAAAAAAUUAGGGUUAAAAUACUACAUUUCACAAUACAAUACAAAUCUCUCAAAUAAUUUGCCAUGGUUCUAUGAGCCUCAUUCAUCCCCGUUGAGUAUCCUCAUCAGGCAUUAAAAAAAAGUCAUUAAAAUGAUUGCCCUAUUAAAAAAAGACUGUUAACAUUGCCCUUGCCAAAAAUGGACUUUAAUCAAAACACAAUGUGCUGGUACGAAUAUGUAUGAAGGAACCCUGAGAAUAUUUUCACAUUAUCCAAUCUGAUACUUGACUCCAUAAAUGUGUUCGGAUAACUUAGACAUCCUCAUCCUAUCCUAUUUAAAGAGGUUUAUUUCAUAAAUUACGACAUGCCUGAAUAUCGACUUUUGAUGUCAAUAUUACACUGGUUAAUGUGGAAAUUCUGUAAGAUAAUAUGGAACACAUAUGUUUUAAUAGUUAUUUAUCUUACAAAUGAAGUUAGUUGAUAACAAAGAUCACGCCGCUAUUUCUUAAUAGCGUCGCGUCUUUUUGUAUCAAAGCACACGAUUUCAAUAUAUUUGUAAGUGAAAGCCUUGCGAAACUACUCCUUUACUGAUUUUACUGAAGAUUGAAAGGAAAAAUAUACUUAGAAGCUUUUGUAGGCAUGUACUGCGGUUAUAUUUUUAUUGCAGCUAUAAUAUUUCUGUGUAAAUUUUUCCUCUACUGUCAGAUGCAUUCUUCGUUCAGAGUAAGAAAUUCUUAAGCACCAUGGAUAGAGUAAUGCUGAAACGAUUCUGCGAGAUGUUAUCUGCGAUUUGGUUACUUCUUAUCCAGCUAUUGAAACAGCUUUAAAGCUAUUACAACUGUGAAAUAAGGCACCACUUGCAAAUGUAUUGAACGAAUUAAUAUGUAUAAAUAAUUUAGGCAUUCAUAGUGAAAGGUAUUCUGUCUCAUAUUCUGCAAAUAUUUUGCCCAUUCUAACAUUGGUGCGACCCUUAAAUGGCCAUCUCAAUAACUCACCUUUAGAAAGGCUAUGUAAAUCUUCCCUUAUAAACUCAAAGAUCGCAAGUUAAAAGCAAAUAUACAUACAUGUUACAUUAAUAUUCAUAAUCAACGCACUGCCAAAGAUCUACUAUAUUUAAUGAUAUGUGAAUUUUAUUAUUCUUCUCACUAUAAUUUAUUCGGGUUAAGAAAUAACCUAUUGGAAUGUAUUUUAUUGGACUUGUUAAGCAAAUAAGGAGCAAAACAAUAUCAAAUACUAGCGGUUAGCGGUUAGCUCCUUUGUCAGAUCAAUGCUUUUUAAUCAGAAUUUAUGGUCAGAUUUGUAGAACUUACUCGCUACAAACAAAAGUCUCAUUCCUUACCCAAAUAAAUUACAAAUUGCUAAUUAUAUAACUCAUUCACUAUGGCUAUUCAGUUAAAACUUAAAUAGUUAUCUAUAAAAUUGACUUUUAGGUAAUUUAUAUAUUAUAUAUAUUUAUAAGUAUAUAAAUAGGUAUGUGAUUGUGCAUAGUGUGUUCAAAUUAAACAGAUAAUGAUGUUAACUUAUUUGUAAACCAAGGCAGCCAAUCAGAAAAGUAUUGCUGUCAAUGAUUAACAGUUAGCUCAUUGGCAGAUUUAUGAUUUUUUGUCAGCUCAUUUGUAAGAUUUAUGAUUUUUUGUCAGCUCAUUUGUAAGAUUUAUGAUUUUUUGUCAGCUCAUUGGUCACAUUUAUGAUUUUUGUCAGCUCAUUGGUCAUAUUUAUGAUUUUUUGUCAGCUCAUUAGGCAGAUUUAUGAUUGAUGUGUCCGCUCUGGUCAAUUUAGUAACAGUAUAAUAACAGACUAAUGCCCGUUUUCACUACCGACAAGGCAAUGCCUAAAUAAGUAACGCCUAAUCUAAGGAGAUCCCUAGGCAUACAUCAACCGUUCCCCAAUAGCUACCACCUAUGAGUUGGUGAAACAUAUCAUUUCUAUAGACAUAGCCUGAAUCAUUAGGCAUUCGAUCUAGGCGAUGGCUAGGUUUAGCGUAAACGGACAUAAAGCAUUGUUGUUACCGGCAUUUCUUGUUCAUAAUAUAUAAGACAGGCUUAAUGGUCUGCAUCCCCUUGAAAAGUAUGGUACUAUUUUUAGACAUGUCAAUUUAAUUUAGAGUUUUAUGUAUAACAAAAUUUUAAACCGUGUAAGUACCUACAUAGUUUUGUAUAAAUUUGUGAACCUGAUUGGUGGAAUUUACAAAUAAAUUAGCAUCAUUGCGAUUGUCUGUACAAUAUAGUUGUGAAUUUAUAGAAAUGCUUGUCUAAACCCUAAGGCCCUUAUUAUUAAACGUUGCAUAGAGUUGAAAUAGUUAUACAAGUACUGGUGGCAAUUUUUCUGCAUUCUUAUGUCAUUAUUUGCGAAACGUUUGGUACAGGUUGAUACUGACUCAACUACAGUCUGAGGGGCACUUGUCACAGUGACAGACCCUUUCAAAUGCGUGACUUACCAAAUGUUAUGCCACGUUUAUUAAUCAGGCCCUAAAUAAAUUAAUAAUAGUAUAUUAUAGUUUAUUUAAAUAAUUAUACAAGCUUUUUUGAACCGUAAUGGACUUAAUGAAAUUUUCACUUAUGGAAUGUUCCUAGUAAGACACACGGUACUCUUUUUAAAAGUUAUGCUGGGUCGCCAUAUACGUACAUGCUCGUCGUUUUGAAAUGAAUUCAAGCGAAUUCUGAAGUGUACGGUGGGUAUUUUGUAGAUAAAUGAAAAAUAAUAUGAACGUUCUUUUUAUUAUUCGGUUGGCGGUGUGGGCAGCGACCCAGCUUUCUGCGUCCGGCCGUGGGUUCAAUUACCACAACUGGAAAAUGUUUUUGUGAUGAACAUUAAUGUUUUUCAGUGUCUGGGUGUUUAUCUGAAUAUUAUAAGUAUUUUUAUGUAUUCAAUUACAUAAUAAUACCCUACCUAGCCUAGCCGUAGAAAUAAAGCAUAUUACUGAUCGGUUUUAACCCCUUAUAUUUUUUUCUGUCUUGCAUUAAGUUCGUUAGGCAUAUGUGUGUGGAGACCCAGCUUAACGAUGCUUGGAAAAUCUUCCAAUUACUCAAUUCUUCUCUAUUAAUUUAACAUCUGUGUCAUUUUAAAUUGCAUUUCAAAUAGUCAAUUAAGUCGUGCUAAUUUUGUUGUACAUAAAUCGUAAGCGGGCUGCGGGACACUUCCAAAACUUAUGCCAUCUUUGUCAACUAGGAGCAGUUGGAAAAGGACGGCAUUACGUUCUAGCAGACUUUGAGAAGGUUAUCAAUUCGAAGUAAAAUAUCUACGCAAUAGUAAACAGACAAAUAUUUUGAUUCUGUUUAUAUCCUGUCGCUUUUAAUAUGAUUUCAGUGUACAACCGAAUUAGCUCUAAUAUAGCUAUAAAAUGAAAAUAAACAAUCUGGGAGAGCGUGAUUUUUUUUGGGGAUGUUAGAUUAAAAGCUGAAACUUUGUUUAGGUGUUUUUCUUCUGAAACCUAAAAAAAGAAGACUUGCAAUUUAUGGAAAAUAGAUACUUUGGGUGGUUUUAUGACGCUGCUAAUUUAAAAGUCAUCGUUGUUUUGCUUGCUUUUAUUGUAACACAAGUACUGGUGUCCAUUUUUCUGCAUUCCUAUGUCAUUAUUUGCGAAACGUUGGGUACAGGUUGAUACUGACCAACUACACUCUGCGGGACUGUUGGUGUGCUGUUUUAUAGAAAACCGUAGGGAAAAAUUAAACACAGUAUUAGAAAAAUUCAAAUUAUUUGAACAUAGUGCCUCUUUCCCCCUUCGUUUUUUAAAUUCUACACACAAAAAACUCGAUAUGAAUUAAAAACUGGUAGGUAAGCCGGGCACCAUACUAAAAUAUUCAACUUUUGAAAUAUUUUAUUGGUAUUGUGUACUGCUGCUGACUAGGUUUUCUGAGAUCUAUACUAGAAGUAUAAAAAAAAAAAAAAACUUUAUUCCAAGAAAACUUAACAGAAAAACCUUACUGCGUAAAGUAACAUUACACAGUGACGACCAUAAUAUCAACUGCAUGUAAGUUCAAAUGAGGUGACAUUACUUGGAACCCACCGAGUGCGUCAUUAAGGUCUACUUUGCUUUAUACCGAGGUAAGGUGCUUACAAACUAUCACUUUAUGACUUUUAACCUGAAUAAAACACACCUUCCAAAUUUUUACGCCCUCCCGGAUCAAAACGUUCACUGCAAUACAAUACAAUACAAUACAAUAUAGGCGGAAACACACUUUUGAAACGUUGUUUUGUUUGUAGUGUAAUGCUAGUUAUAGAAUAUACUAUUUAUUUGAUUUAACACAACGCGCGUCGCGUUUUAAAGAGUAUGUUUCCACCAAAAUAAACGUCAAUGCCUUUAUUAUGCCUUAAUAAGUGUUUCUAAUAAUAAACUGGUAAAACGAUUCAGUUUGUAAGAAUGGCAACUGAUCAUUCGUUUUAGAUGAAGAUUGUGAACAUUUAUUAUUACGAUGAUCAUAACUUUAUACUAUGUUGAUGAUUUUUAUACUACAAUGAUCAUCAUAAUAUUGGACAAGUUGAUGAUUUUCAUUCAUUGAUUUAAUGACGAUGAUUACAGUGAUCAUGAUAUAAUGAUUUUAAUCACGCGUUAUUGGACGAUUAUUGUUUUUAAUGGAUCAUAAAAGUUAUAAAUAUGUAUUACCAAGUAAAAUAACAUAAAUAGUUAAGAUUAAAGAUGUUUAUUGUUUAGCUAGUGCAAUUUAGGUAUAUAUCAUUAUUUAUUGCGAAGAUGGUUUGUUUAUAAUAUUUAUAUCGAUGUAAUGACCAUUCCAAAAAAGAACAUCAAUUAAUGAUAGCGAAUUAUAAUGUAGGAACCUUGUAUGUAACAUUUAAAAAAAUCCUAUACAAUUUUUUUCUGCACACGUUGAAUUUAAACUAAAAAAGAGUUGUAACUGGAUUCUGUUAAGGUAUGCAAAAAAAACAGGUGCCUCUAAACGAGAUUUUAGGGCUAUUCUCUGAGUAGCAUUGGUUCUCCAAGAAUUUAGUGACUUUUCUAUAGAAACCAAUGUAGGUUUAUUAGAUAAUAUGCAGCUUCAUCAUAGAGUAUCCGGUUUUUGUUCAUACAAAAUUCAAAAUUCAUUUAUUUCAAGUAAGCCCAGUUUAUAAGCACUUUUGACACGUCAAGUCAGUCUGUUAGUAGUGACUCUACCCACCACACCUUGUUAUAUAUGUUUAUGUGUAUAUAAUAGGACUUUAAAUAAGUCAUUCUGUUACUUUACGGCUUCUUCGGUCGACAUAGCAAACUUUAGUUUUCUUUCUCAAUAGCAAACUAUCGAGAAAAGCUUAAAAAUUCGUAGGUGCAUUAAAACUGCAACCUGUUCAGGAAUUUUAAACUCAUACAAACGUGGGAUUAUGCUGUUUACGCCUCUUUUUGCUGGGCGCAUACUCGUAAUACUCUUUCAGUCUCACUACACGAGUACUACUCGUGUAGUGAGAGAGUGAGUAUUAUGUGUCUGUAAGACGGCGGUACUCCCGAACUGAUAAAGCGUCUUGAAUGCAGUUUCCUUGUGUUUAUAAUAUGUGCUACUUUUACUAAUAUAGGUAUACUACAACUUUUGUAAGUUACAACGACGUGUACCUGCGAAGGUAUAAUUAUAAUUAUUAAGGAAUUUUAACUAUCGUGAGUUAGAUGCAUUUUAUUUUAUUUUUAUUUAAAAAAAAAAUCGGCCAAUCUCCGACAAAAAAUAUUUUAGACCCGCACCACGUGUACGCUCGAAAUAUCUUCAUCCGCUUUUCACUGUUGCGUACACGUAAGUGAUACAUCCGAAGCUAUGUUUAUCGUUUAGGAUGCAUCAUUUCAAACCUAAACAUUUCAUUGAUAUUUACAAUCAUUUGAAUCAAUGUUACAUUACCCCUUUCGGCACUCACGAAUAUUUACCAUGUAACUUGUGAAAGUUAUAAAAUUUGAGAUGUUAUCAUUUGUUGCAUUAAAAUAUCGUUUCUUGGUCGUUCUUAUAAAAAAAUAUCAAAUUCUGUUUUAUAAUUUUUGUCUUGCAGAUUUUCCACCACUGGGCGAAUUUGACCGAUUUAAAACGAGGAGUAUAAGUCUAAAUUACUUUAACGUACAAUUCUUAUCCUUAGAGUACCUGAUCAUGUCGCAAAUCGGAGUUAAGAGUAGGUACGGUACGAUUUUAAUGCAUUUGUAAUUCGGGGCCCUUUACACUCGGGCUAGAGAGACGUUCUGCAUUAGAAAAGUUUUUCAGUUGGCGUGCACUUCUAAUGUAGACUGUCUGUCGAGACCCUAGCAAUGAUUUUAAACUGUGGCAUCAAAAUAAAAUGGAACUUAUUCAACCAGUUCUUAAAGCUCGAAUUCGCGCGAACUUAAACAACUUCGCUCUUGACGCAACGUUCAGUUAGAACAGAAUUUAAAAGUUAAGCAAUUUAGUAGUGUUUUCUACUUAGGUACCUACAUAUUAUUCUUUAUUGUUCUUUAAAAACAGCAGAAGUGUGUCUGAACAAAAUGAUAGGUCGAAUGUUUCUUUAUUUCUAUCAUUGUAGUUAAGUACUGAGUGUAAUAAAUACGCGAAUUACACGAAUUUAGUUCACCUAUUCGAAUAAAUAUUUUCUUUUGUAAUAACAGAUUAAUCAAUAUUAAAAUAAGUGGUUAGUUAAUUCUUUCUUAAACAAUAAAAUAUGGAACAUUGUUAUUUAGAAGUUAAGGUUAGGUACAGUAUUAAUGGCGUUUUUAUUUUCACAUCUACAUCUUGAUUACGUAAUUGUUGAUUACCAUCCUUAAUGAUAUUUUACAUAAGUCUUUAUCAUAAGUUAGCUGUGUUUUUACGAUAACGGAUAACGACGUUUUGGAUUCGAUUCCAAAAAUGGCUAAGUUUUAAUGUAUGAAAAAACAGUGCUCUACUCUAAAAUCCAGAAAGCACGUUAUACCCGUCUCACCGUAUUGGACCAGAGCAGCAUUGAGCUAAAACCCUUUCUCCAAUGAGAGAACCGUAUUAUGACGAAGCAGACCCGGAUCUUUAAUUUUUCCGCAAUGCACUAAAUACAUUUUACGUCCAGCUUUUUGUGUUUUUUUAUAUCUCUUAAAAUAGUAGGCACCUAUUUAUUACUGCAUUUUUUUUAGUUUGUCUUUAAGAGAAAAAUUAUUGCAACAAAGUUACGUAAUCAACACUCAGGACUAUAAUUUCGUUUUAUUUUAUAUUGUAAGUAUAUGGUUUAUGUUUAAUAAUACUAUAUUUAAGGUAUUACGUAAACAUUUAAAAACAUGUAAUAUCCCAUUUUUUCACUAUAUAAUCAAAAAAAAUGCAAUAAGUAUAAUGAAUGAAAUAUUAAUAAAACUGCAUUCAGGUAUUUUAUACUAUCGGGGUGAAAGAUGUGAGGUUUGGGAUAAAACGGGUUUAUUGGUUCUGGUAAAGAAUUUGUUUUCAAUAAUAAAUAAAAACAGUUAACUACUGCC